GUCAAGUAUCUGUUGUCCACUGUUGUCAACAAAAAGUAUAUGAAGUAGGAAUUUAAGUUCCUGGAUAUAAUAAUCUAAUAGUUUUGACUUGUCUUCAAAAUUACAACCAUUGAGUCGAAUGUCCCCAGCGUAUCAGCAACAUCUAGAGCUAUUAGAUUUAUGAUGGAAGGUGUAGGAGCCCGUGUAAUACGAGGUCCAGAUUGGAAGUGGGGCAAACAGGAUGGAGGAGAUGGCCAUGUGGGUACUGUUAGAAAUUUCGAAUCUCCUGAAGAAGUAGUUGUAGUGUGGGAUAAUGGCACUGCAGCAAAUUACAGAUGUUCCGGAGCUUACGACUUACGCAUUUUAGAUAGUGCACCAACUGGAGUAAAACAUGAAGGCACUAUGUGUGAUACAUGCAGGCAGCAACCUAUAUUUGGUAUUCGUUGGAAAUGUGCUGAAUGUAGCAAUUAUGAUCUUUGCUCCGUUUGUUAUCAUGGUGAUAAGCAUCACUUGCGUCACAGAUUCUACCGCAUUAGUGCACCUGGAGCCCAGCGAUGUCUAGUUGAACCUCGGCGUAAAAGUAAAAAGAAUGCUGUCCGAGGUAUAUUUCCUGGCGCAAGAGUUGUUAGAGGGGUUGAUUGGCAAUGGGAAGAUCAAGAUGGUGGAAAUGGCAGACGUGGUAAGGUCAACGAGAUCCAAGAUUGGUCAGCAGCCAGUCCACGUUCUGCGGCGUAUGUGGUAUGGGAUAAUGGAGCUAAAAAUUUAUACAGAGUUGGUUUUGAGGGAAUGGCAGAUCUGAAGGUAGUAAAUGAUGUAAAAGGUCAGAAUGUUUACAAGGAACAUUUGCCUCUUCUGGGAGAACUAGGCCCAGGCCGUACUGGGCCACAUGGCUUGCAAGUUGGAGAUCAGGUGAAUGUGGAUUUAGAUCUGGAGAUAGUGCAAUCGCUGCAGCAUGGGCACGGUGGCUGGACGGAUGGCAUGUUCGAGUGUCUCAGCACGACCGGCACUGUUAGCGGUAUUGACGAGGAUCAUGAUAUAGUGGUCUCGUAUCCCAGUGGCAAUCGUUGGACUUUCAAUCCUGCUGUCUUGACUAAGGUGUGCAGCGGUAACCUGAGUGCGUCGACGUCUGCAAGUGGCAGUGGUGCCGGAGCCGCGGGGGCCAGCAGCAGCUCGGGCGCCGCCUUCGCUGUGGGCGACCUGGUGGAGGUGUGCGCCGACCAGGAGCGCGUCAAGGCUCUGCAGCGCGGACACGGCGAGUGGGCCGAGGCUAUGGCACCUACCCUCGGUAAGAUAGGACGCGUCCAACAGAUUUAUCACGACAACGAUCUUAAAGUGGAGGUGUGCAACACCUCGUGGACUUACAACCCUAAUGCUGUUACAAAAGUCUUCUCGUCCGAUGGCAGCGUCCAUGGAAAUUCUUCUGGUGAUCGUCUAUCAGUGCUUUUGAAGAAACUGUUCGAGUCGCACGUGACGGGGGACGCUAACGAGGAGCUGGUGAAGGCGGCGGCCAACGGUGACGCGGCGCGCUGCGCUGACAUACUGGCGCGCAGUGACGGCGCACGAGCUGACGUCAACGGCGUCUAUGGAGGUCACACCGCGCUACAGGCGGCAGCACAAAAUGGACACGUGGAAGUGAUCCGAGCUCUAGUGGAGGCAGGCGCGGAGGCGGACGCAGAGGACCGCGAUGGUGACCGCGCGGCGCAUCAUGCGGCCUUUGGCGACGAACCAGCCGCGCUGCGGGCGCUGGCCGCCGCCGGCGCCGAUCUUAACGCCCGCAACCGUCGCCGCCAGACUCCCCUGCACAUCGCAGUCAACAAAGGCCACCUCGGUGUCGUGCGGACAUUGCUGCAGCUCGCCGUGCAUCCCAGCCUGCAGGAUUCAGAAGGCGACACUCCACUCCACGACGCUAUAUCGAAAAAGCGGGACGACAUAUUGACUUUGCUGUUGGACCACGGAGCCGAUAUGACGCGAACAAAUAACAAUGGAUUUAAUGCACUUCACCACGCCGCGCUGCGAGGCAACCCGAGCGCUAUGAAGAUAAUGCUUGGUAAGUUGCCCCGUCCGUGGAUUGUGGACGACGCGAAGGAUGACGGGUACACAGCGCUGCAUCUAGCAGCUCUCAACAACCAUGCCGAAGUGGCCGAGCUACUGGUGCGCGGGGGCGCACGGCCUGACCUGCAGAACGCCAACCUGCAGACCGCGCUGCACCUCGCCGUCGAGCGACAACAUGCUCAGAUUGUACGCCUGCUCAUCGCGCACGCCGCCGACCUCAACAUCUGCGACAAGGACGGCGACACGGCGCUGCAUGAGGCGUUGCGUCACCACACGCUGCAGCAGCUGCGGCGGCUGCAGGAGGCACGCGACGCGGCGGCGCUGGGCGCGCUCGCGCACGCGCACGACAAGAAAUCCUCCGCCUCCAUUGCCUGUCUGCUGGCUGCGCACGGUGCCGACCUCACGCUUAAGAACAAGAAAGGGCAAACUCCACUGGAUCUGUGCCCCGAUCCUAAUCUGCGCAAGACAUUGACGACAUGCCGCAAGGAAGGCUCCGGAGUGACGACCGACGAGGCGGCGGAGAGCGAGGCCAGCUCGCUGGGUGCUGGCGCGAGUGCGGGUGCAGGCGCAGGCGCGGGCGCACCUGUGGCCGUGGCCAGCACCAGCGUUGCCGUGCCGGACCCGGCCAGCGGCGAGCCCUCCCUGGCCGCAGACCCCACCGCGGACGAGUGCCUCGUGUGCUCCGAUGCCAAGCGAGACACCAUGUUCCGUCCCUGCGGACACAUAUGCUGCUGCAAUGUCUGUGCCGCCAGGGUAAAGAAGUGCCUGACGUGCCGCGCGGCGGUGAGCGGACGACAGCGUGUGGGCGAGUGCGUGGUGUGCUCGGAGGCGCCCGCCACUGUGGUGUUCCGGCCGUGCGGCGACGUGUGCGCCUGCGCCGCCUGCGCCCCGCUCAUGCGCAAGUGCGUCGAGUGUCGCACGCCGCUGCAGCAGCCGGCGUUGCCGUCGCUGGAAAAGGAGAGCAGCAGCAAUUUGGCACAAGUUCAAGUGAACAAGGGCCAACCGGCGCCCACGCAGGCCGCGCCGCACCACAUGAACAACGGGUUGCGCUCCGCCCUGCCCGCCGCCGCUGCCGCCGCCACCGUCACCCCUGCCGCACUCCCCGCACCGGCCGCGCCCCCCGCACACCCCGCACAACCCCCCGCCGACGUACAAAAACUGCAACAGCAACUCCAAGACAUCAAAGAACAGACGAUGUGCCCCAUCUGCCUGGACCGGCUGAAGAACAUGAUCUUCCUGUGCGGGCACGGCAUGUGUCAGAUGUGCGGCGACCGCAUCGCCGUCUGCCCCAUCUGCCGCAAGCACGUCGAGAAACGUAUCCUGCUCUACUAGCGCUCCUCACUCACCACUGGCUACUUAGACCCCUUCAGAUUUCUCUCAUUAACCGUUGGUUUCUGAGACUAAAAUAUAUGUAUAACACGUCGUCAUCGCUGUCAUUAUCUUUGAAACAUCAGAGAUAUCAAUAUAUUUUAAACAGAAAUGUUGGUCUCAGAAACGCACGGUUAAUUUACAUUAGAGACUUUGUGGCAAUUUAUAUUACAAUUGUACCGUACAUAAUCAGAUCUGGUUUUGUUUACAAAAACAAUUAAAAAAUGUUCUGAUGGAAAAGCAUUUAAAAAACCAGAUUUGAUUAUAUACAAAUGAAUUCUUAUUAGAAAUGUAUUUUAAGCAUUUAUUAUGUGUAAUCUCUUGGCUUUAUUAUUACAGCUAUAUAGAAAUAUAACGUGCGUACAUUUUAAUGUUUUCGUUGAUUACUUAUAUAAGGGAGUCUUUGCUACACUCGGAUUAUCCUUUAUCUAACAAUUACAUCAAUCACGUUCAAGUUGAUGUUAAUUCCAAAUCUAUGUUCUCAGUUUUACUCGAGUAUAGCAUUUAUUAUACUUUUUACUUAAUAUUGAUGUUACUCCGAGUUUGCAUAUAUGAAACAUUCUCAACA